ACACACUUACACACACACACACACACACACACACUCUCUCUCUCUCUCUCUCUCUCUCUCUCUCUCUCUCUCUCUCUCUCUCCACCGCGUCUACAACAAACUGCUCUAGACAUCACAUUCGACUGCCCUUGACAGUCGUAAUACACGACAGUCCACAUUCAACUUCCUCAAAGUACUAUCUGACACUCUUCAAUGAGACACUCCGACGUCUAUACUGGUGGUGGCCGUGGUCAUGCGCAUCGGGAACCAAUUGGUCCAUCCGACACUUACGCUGAAAAUAUGGGAGAGCAACGCGGAAUUGAAUCGAACCAGGAAGCAGAGGCAUAUGCGUCUUCGGAGUCGUUUGGUACAUCCGAACCACGCAGACCACUGCAACGAAGAGAUUCAGGCUUCUCCCAAAAUCGACGAUAUGACCCGGCUCGUCAUGAUCAGGAAUCACCCAAUGCACAAACUUCGAUUAAUGGAAAGAUACCAUAUCAUUAUCAGCAUCGAAAUUCUCAACCUUCCCAUCAUGACUGCGAUAGAUUGGUGAAUUGUCGAUCUUCAGCGUCCAAUGAACUACUGCCUAAGGUUGAAAAUGGCGAUUUUGCUGAAGGACACUCAUCGAGUGUUCAAUUCUUCACCCAUAAACCUGAGUCCCGUCAAUUGAAAGCAGUAGAGUUGCCAAAAUAUCAAUAUGCAUCGGAAAGAAUGGAAGAAGCGGCUCUUAAAAUGGCUCGAGUGCGGAAACAGCGUUUGGAGGAACAGAAUAGGACUGCCGUUGGAAAAGCCCGAAAAUACCUCCACGAUGCUCGUCCACUCGGCAGACUUACAAGCCCACAGGGAGUGUCGUACGCUAGGCAGCUCUCCAGUCCAUCUGCCGUAGCUCCUCCACGGUCCGCUCAGCCUAAUCCAGCCUCGCGUACAAGAGAAGAUCACACAUCUAAGGGGGAACAUGUUCAUCUACCUCUUGAUGACAACGGUCUGAGACAGGUGAAACCAUCCACCUUCGCCAGACAAGCGCGUAUGAAUGGCUCACAGGCGCCUCAUCUUAAAUCUCCUGACUAUGAGUCGUCGUCUUCCGAAUCUGUCUGUCCGAAAGUCUCAACCUCAGAGCGCACGGUUGGUAUGCAUAUGCCUCGAAAAAGAAAUUUCAGCUCUAUAGCUGAAGACGAAGGCUCUGAAGAGCAAGACGACAGAUCGUUGAUCAGUGUUCCUGCAACAAGCUUAAGGGCUCCAUCCCCUAGAAAACGAGUGGUUGUUGCGGAUAUGCAGCAUUGCCGCAAUGAUUCCCGUGAUGCCACACUGUCCUCUGGUGCAUCUAAAAGCCAGCAGUUAAGGGAGCAGAACCGACAACAUGAUAAAAGCGCACGUGAGCCGCGACAAAGAGGGCAGAGUACCACUAAAUGCAUUGAAAUCGAUGAAUCCAAGCUUGCGCACUGUCAAACAGGUGCAUCGAAAACACAAACCGCUACUCGACCACCUGCAUUGCCACAAGCCAUGAAGCCUGGACGAAAUGCGGAUUCGGCAAAGUCGUACUCCAUCGGUCCAAUCUCAAUUGGUCCUACCAGAAAGAAAGUCAGAGUCGAAGAGAUGCAUCAUUUGAAGGCUCCCGUGUCGCUUCAGAAACCAACAUCUGGUCUCAGUCUGCCUAACAGUGUCCUUAAUGACGAGACUGUCUCCAAGAAAGUUCGCCCCAGGGAGGAGAAGGAGUCCAAGUCCUCUAGAUCUGCCUCGUCAACAAUUCGUUAUCGUGGUGGUAGCUUGGCUAAUGGGCCCCGAGGGGUUUCAAAAAGCAUCGCUACACCAGAGACUCCUUUGAACCGUGCGAUGCCAAAUUUGGGACGAGCUAGACUGGUACAAAAGUUGAUCAGCCGGAAUAAGGGUCCGGACAAUAGCAAAGUCGGUCGCUUGGUUGAUUCUCCCACCGUUCCUCAGAGUCUUGCUCAGCCGGUAUGCCAGUUGAUGGAGAAGUCUUCUAAACCUCAAAAUACCGCAGAGAGGGUAGAGGAGACUAGCGAUGCUCAGCAAUCGCAAGUGCCAAUACCAGAGAAGAUGGACACGAAUAUGCGAGAGCCCGAAGAUGUGCCUCAUACCACUCGCAAUCAUCAGCAUAUUGAAGUCAUGUACAAACCCGUAAACGCAAGCUGUCACGUUGGCAUGAAGUCUUCCAAGGCGAAUGCAAACUCAAGUAAUCCAGAGAAGUCAGAGAGUGUAAAUACAACCGAGUCCGAAGUUGGUAAAACACUUGCGGCUAUGAAUUGCAUUGCCAUCGAGCCAGAUGCCAUCGAGUCUUCGAAUUCUUGUCCCGAUCCUGAACAAAGUGUCAGCUGUCAAAGACCAGCUCCGAAAGCAGACCUGGACGUAUUAUCUACAUCGACUCCAACGGGACCUUCCCUGCCUGCCCCUGCGUCACCCACGAGCGCCAAAGUAUUGCCAGCACAAAAGGCUCCAACACAAUCCCAAGUAGUACACAACCUAGCAACGCUAGCUUGGUCGGAAAGUCCUGCUCCUACAGACGGGGUGGCUACACCGUCGCCAACUGCGAACCCACUGACAACAUACUCCCAAAGGCCAGCACUUGCUCCUAUCGCAGUCAUGUCGCCCUCUGUGCCAAUGUCAACUAUAUUACCCCACGCACCCGUAGCGAACAUAUUUCCCUCUCAGGCGUUGACUGUAGCCCCUUUAUAUGAUCCAUUACUAGCGGAUGACUCGUCGCUUUUCAUUCCAGAACCAAACGAAGUUCCAAUGGCAGAGGAGCUACCAAGAGAGUCCAAUAGCCCCAGAACGAGCUUUACGUUUCCGGAAGAUCUGACAAUGCUAGAAGAAGGUCACGAUAUCAAACGUAGCAUAGCCGUGAGACAUCUAGAAAGAAUAACAAAGGAAGCAGAAAAUAAUCAACGGCGACAACGGCGAAAUGAAGAGGUUCUGCGGAUGGAAGAGAUUUUCGAGAAGGCAAAGAUAGAGCAAAAUAAGGCCGAGAAGGCAGAAAGCGCAAGACUGGAUGGGGAGAGGACCAAACAAGUCCUUCGUGACCAAGCCGCUCAGCACAAGUCUGCGAUGUGUAAGGCCGAUGAAGAGAUGCGAGAGAUCACGAGAAGACAUAGAGACGGAGCUGACGAAGCACGUCCCGAUGAAGAAGCGAUUCCGCCAUCAUCGACAACCACGAUAGCUUCGACUGCGCCCGCGGUAAAUACAUCGCUCGAUGCCCCGACGGCACAAACAAUGCACACUGUUUCUGGGAAGGGAUGUUUAAACGCCGUUCGAAAGCAGCAUAUGGUUGGCACAGCAAUUGGCCCAGACUCCACAGACCCUCAGCCCAUGGUCAACGGCAAUUCACAGACGACCGACCCCCGUCGAAGAAAUUUGACAACCACGGUCAAUCCAGCAUCGAGCGAAUGUCACCCAAAGUCGGUCCAUGAAAUUAUUGCUACUAUCCAAAAGCAAUGUAAGGAGCCAGCUGAACGGCACAGAGAAUCUGAAUCAGUAGAAGAACGUAGGAGGCACCAACGUAACAAGAAGAAAAGAUGCGGUGACGAUGGUGCUUUUGGAGCAGAGAACAAUUGUAAAAGCAAAGACCAAGAGCGGAGAAAUUUUCCAGCGGCUCCUGAUGGCCAUGGUCUGAUUGCUACCAACGGGAUGGAGAGAAUACUGAAGGAUUCUGGAAACGAUUAUCUCGCUCACGAGAAAUCUUCACAUGCCCCUCUUGCCAACACAGACGAAGCGCCACCUCUGCAGAACCUGACCGAAACCUUCAAAGGCUUAUCGAAGCAGCAGAUAUCCAACGUGAAUAGCUUGGCUGGAGGAAUCUCAGAAGCUACCCUCAGAAAUCGUAAAACUCCAUGCGGCAAGCCAGAAGCGCGUAUCAUGACAUCUGAGCAGGUCCAACGUAGAAAGCAAGAGCGCGAAGCCCGCCUCGCGCUCGAUACGCAGAAGGUCAUCGCGACUAAGUCAAGAUCAAAUGAACCAAAGUCUCUUCUCCAAAGACUCGAGCAUGCAGCCGGAACGCCUUCGUCUCCGCCAGUGGCUAUUCCCGUGCGCAGCGAGACUGCGAAAGCCAACCCUGAAAGUGGGCAGCAUGCUAGCACUAUCAUUGAUGACCUCAAAUCUCUCAGUAGUCACCAUCGCGCAUUAGUGCAGUGGCGAGAUGAUGGGAUCACUUACAAGGAAUGCGCAGAGCGGUGGGCACAACUAACCUCGAAGCGGCUGAGUGUGAGAACUGUUCGCGAUCUUUAUAGUAAGAUCACUGGCACCUAUAAGCAACGAAAAGGAUCCAGAGGGCGUGAAAGAGUGAGACCUGUUGAAUCUCAAACCCACAAAGGGACUCAAAAAGUCCUCAGUUUCCAGGUAACAAAGGAACGAGCGACAAAUACUUCCAACAGUCAGCAAAGUGAGCGAUCGCAUACGCCCACGAGCGCUGAUAGUAGUGGUGACUACCUGCAUUACCUUCUCGAGGAUGGCGAUGAAGAUUGUGAACCGCAGGUUGAGUCAUUGCUAAACAUGGAUCCUGGUAUCGUCGAUAGUGCGGGAAGCAGCAAGCGUCCAACAACAGGUGGCAAAACCAUGAGCAACUUGGCUUAUCAGGCCUACAUGGCUUCUCUUGAAGCAGACGCCGACGUUGAUUCGGCAUCCGACGUCGAAACCAUGCCCGAAAGCUCUGGUGAUGAAGAGUGUAUUGUGCGUGAAUCAUCGCCAAUAAUCGACCGUGACACAUGCCACUUCGUAUACCAAGUAAAGCGCAAGUUUUGGGCCAAUGGUGAAAACGAGGAUGACGCCGAAUGGUAUAUAGUUACCAAGAAGGACAAGUACGAAGACGUGCGCCAAGCGAAUAUUGCGGCAAUGGCAGAGCCCGCAAUCGAGCGGUUUGGGCAUGCUUACGGUCUCGAUGUGAUAUCGCAUAGUAGUGUUAUUGACAUGAAGACACACAUGACUACUAUAACCUGGCAGACACCCUGGGGCCAUACCAAAGUCAUGGUCGAUCGAUAUUUGCGCACGCAGCGUAAUGGAAUUAAGCCUUGCACCAAGAUGCAUUGGCUACCGCGUCAGAUGUACAUUGUCAAAAUCAUGACAAAGACAAUGAAGAGCGAAGAUGACCCUGAUGACCCGGAAAACUUGCUGAUCAGUGAGGAAGAAGCGACGGUCGAUGACCCGCGAGUCUUCACGAUACUAGAUCAAGCGAACAGGGAGGCAGCCAAAAGGGUCGUAGACCUGACGACGAAUGGAGAGAGUAGGCGUAUUGACGAUAUCCAGAAGCGGGAGCAGGUAAAGAAGAGAUGGGAAGCAGCGGUAGACGGCAUGAUAGAAGAUGGCAGGAGUUUGGAUGAAGAGUUUCGUGUAGUCAUUAUUAAACCAAGAAAUCGUGACAGACGGCAGCGUACGAAACAAUGUCACUACGAAGCACCGCUAGCUGAGCCUGAGUGGCCGAUGUUAUCACGUCCUCCUCCCGACCGUUUACGUAUACGAAGGGCACCAGUUCGAUUCCCACUCACGAUAUUCCUUUCUGAACAAAGAAUAACCAACUCAGUUCCUGGCGCCCCAAAGGGUCAGCGAAUGCUACACUUCUGCACCGGCUGCAAAUGCAAAUUCAUUCUCAAUACCUGCUGUAUAGACUGCAAGCUUACCGGCAAGAGCAUUAACCUAGAAAACUUGGAGCUACUGAGUGGAGUUUUCGCCAUGAAUCAUACCCUAUUUCUGCUUCUUGGAGUCAAGAGAAGCUUGUGGGCAAAGACUGACUGCGCAGCAGAGAUGAGACGCGAUCCUCUAGCUUUUCGGCCUCCUUCACGUCCACAACACGAGCCCUACGAGUGCCAGACUACUGCACACAUCCUCAACAAGCGCGCUAAAUUAACACGUUCACGAGUGCCUUCUUCAGUUGCAGGGUCGUAAAGUAGUCCAAAGUGAACUGCAGCUCUGACCACGACCAGUGUUGCGAUUCUAAUGCUGGCAAUGAAGAUCUCUGAUCAAGUCAUACAGAUUUAAAAGUACUUCAUGCACCCUCUGUAUUGCUAAAUUGGAAUGUACCAAAUGAGGGCGCAUGCGCUACCAAUAAAGACGUAGGAAGACUUUUAUGGCGAGAGCAAAUCGUCGAGUAGGCCAAUCGCGGUGUUGCUGUUCCAGUCUUCUAUGGAGCCGCCGCAUUGAGAUACAGGAUAUCAUUUCAUAUGAUAGACGAAAUGGCAGUCUUCCAUCGGGGCAAUAGCUGUAGUGACCUCGCAGAAAUGGCACGUUUUGGUUCUGACAAAGGGUACCUUCAGUAUGCCCGCAG